AUGCUAUUCCUAAUCCUGUUAGCUAUUCCCAUAGCCGCUUCUCAGCCCUCCAAAGAGCUGGAACACAUGUGUAUCUACAAAUUUGGCGGACGGAUCGUUCGCCCGGCCGAUUUUGAAUAUGACUCCAUGUUUGACGCAAAAACAAUUUGCGUUUCGGAUACUUCCGGCUGUAGCUCAAUCCGAGAAGGGAUAAACGAUCAUGCAGACGAAUAUACAGUGCAUUACAGUGAUGUGAAUGCUCUUUUAUCAUCGCAAAAGGCCCAGCUAAUAAACGUGACAACCGAUGACAAAAGAUGCAUCGUAGGUAAGCAUAUCUCAUCCUAUCAAAUAAACCAAUAAAAAUUCAAUCAUAUUUCCAGUUCACCGACCAAAAGUGCUGACUCUAUCCUCUAACGUCUAUCCCUACGACUUUCUUGGAACAACUGGCCUAGAUUACAACGCAAUUGAGCUUCAUGGAGGAGAUAUCCCAACGGCCUAUCGAAAUGUCGAAAAUUUAGUGCCUCUGUACGAGUAUUUCAGUUUCAAUCGAAGUGCAUACUAUGUUGACAGUAUUCCCACCCAAGACGAAAGCGAUGUCUUCAUUCGUAAGGAAGCCCUAAUAAUUUCGAAGAAAACCGUUUGAAUUUUCAGGAUUCCUCGGUUACAUUGUAUCGCCUUUCAAGCUGGAAGAGUUCAAACAAGACUGUCCCUAUCUGGAGCCUCUUUUCGUCAGAGUCGGAGUAAAUGGUCAGAAUUACUACGGAACAGCCAAGAAAGCCCUCGAACCUCUACUUAUCAAGAAACAUUUGCCAAAUGGAACUUUAGGAUACAUCAGCGAUGUCUACGCCUAUUGUGAGAGCAACUUGGUGCUUUCCCAAUACCGAAAAUUGACGUACUCAAGUGCUCAGUCAAUUACAACUGGAGACGAUCGUUUGGACAGGUGUGAUGUAAGCCGAAUUCCAUGGAAAUCAAAAUUUUUUGCCUUUUCAUUUCGAAACAACAAAACUACUACAUUUCAGAACGUCGAGCAUUACAUGGGCUAUGGAUUUGCCUCGCCAAAGUUCUGGGACAUCAAGUAUACUCUAACCGGCGAUCUCAACUAUCAAUCUCUCACUUUUGAACAAAUCAGGCGUCUUCUAGUUCCCAUCUAUGACAAUGACCAAAACGCUGUGGAAUCUUGCAGUAAGUCAUCAAAAUCAAACCAAACAAUAACCGAAUCACAGCUAGACGGGGGAAUAUCCUAAGCAAGGAGGAUGGAGAGGUCUUAUCAACUAUUUGCCCAUCUUUGAUUCCACUUCACUAUGGAUACGAUGCUUCCACACACGUCUACACCUAUAGAACCGAGCCGGGAACACUAAUUGACUCUGAGAUCAUUGGUUAUUGCGCUCGAGUCUUUGACGAUUGUUUUGCUACGGCCGCAUUGAAUGUGAAAAAUCGAGGAACAGGUAGGAAAUCGGUGCUACUUGGGAUUUCUUUAUUGACCAUUUUUACCGCAUAAAACCUCUAAAUUUCUCAAUUUCAGUCAGCGAAAGCUUCGGAAUCGGGCGAAGUGCAAAGGAUCCAGUCCUGUGCUAUGUCUGGUAACCAGGACACAUGGUUUUAUAAACCAAAAACUAUUUGUUUGCUAAUAAAAUCGCAUUUUCUUGUCCUAUUUCAAUUCAGCAAUCUCUGAAUUCUCUGAAUCCCGUUUUGCACGGUAUAUAUCUGAUUAUUAAUAUGUUGGAACCUUUCAGCUAUUUUUUACAGAUGCUAUCAGCUUUAUCAUUCCUUUUGGCUUUAUCUACGCUCUCAGCGGUCCGAUUAGAUAUUCGAACGCCUAAAACUUAUCUGAAAGAGGCGGAAAGCAAUUAUCUACCCUAUUUACAGGACGACUUUCUAGUCGAGCUUUUAGAAUUCAAAAAGUUCGGACAGCCUAAUGGAUUUUUUGUCGGAACCGAGCCCACAACCAAACUGGAUUCGAGAUUUUCUCGUGAGUCAUUCGACAUCCGUAUAUUUGACCAUAUUUUAGGCUCAAUCUCUCUGAUCGUUGGUACUUCCGGCUAUGAGGCUCUUCGGGGCUAUGUCUACGCAAAACACAAGCCUUCAGAGCUCUUACCACUUUACACUACCGGAGAGAACGGUGAGAAAUCAACUCAAAAAGCUUAUACUCCCUUCAGACGUUGGAAUUUUGUCCACAAACAAGUCGGAAGUCCAUCUCUCCUAUCUUUUGGGUUAUUGUAGCCCAAAACUUGGGUAUUUCGGUGCUACGGUUCCUCUUUUCGGAGAAUUUGAUGGUCCGCUGACGUUGAAUCCUCUCAGCGGAAGGGAUAACAACUGCCAAUAUAUCCGAAAAGCGCUGUGCUAUGGCUGGGCAAAGACAGCAAGGUAUCAUGUCAAGGUAAAGACAGUCAUUUACCAUCACAUUUUCUUCCGUUUUCCGAUCAAAAAUCGUUUCAAAACGUAAUUUAGGACCUUCUAACAGCCGAAGACACCAUGGAAACGCUGACUUAUUCCAAAUUGUCCAAUUCUUUUGUGCCCUUGAUGCCAACAAACCCCGACAGUGUCACCACUUGCGGUGAGUUUAUUAUUUUAUAUUGUAAUUGUCAUAUUCUCGCAAAUAUUGCAUCAUUUCUUGUAUUUCAGCACAAUUGGGAAGCACACUGAAUCAAGUCGAUGUUAAGAACGGGCUUGGCCGAAUUUGUGGCUCAUUGGUCCCAUUGUACAGUUUGAGGAAUAAAAAGUGGUGUAAGUUUGUUUAACCUUACUCAAUGGUUCUCGGCUGAGUUACAGCCGCCAAGAAGGUAGAAAAAGAUCAAAGUAAGCCGGAAUUUGACACCAAAAAGAACCUUGAUACUUUUUGCCAUCAACUUCGGGCUUAGUGGGGGACCUGAUCCAGUGGCAAAAAACGUAUCAUUUUGCAUCUAGGAACUAUCACAAAAUGUAGCAAAAUACCUCCAUCUCCAAGUGAAAAAACUCCAAUUUCAAGAACGCGCCAGAUCUUUUUGUGAGGGAAAGGGCGCGCUCUCAAAACGUAUUUCACUUGGAGAGGCAGGCAUUUUAAUACCUUUUUUGAUACAAUCCCGGAUGCAAAAUGAUACGUUUUUUGCCACAGCAUCAGGUCACUGUACUUUGAUCUUUUCUACCUUUUCGUCUGAGAUCGGAAAUUUUAUAGGGUACCGCACCUUCACCGUGAAGCCCGAUCCAGCUAUUCACACCAUCUUGGGUGACAAGUUGCAUAAUAUUGUUGGAUAUUGUGCCACCGUAAAGGGAGAUUGUUAUGCCAAUGCGGCGUUGUAUAUUAUUGGAGAAAAUCAGAGUAAGUCCGGGAAAAAACCCUCAAAAACUGGGAAUCGCAUCGGACUAUCCAUUUAUUUUAUUGAAAGUUAUACAUUAUUUUUAUUUUCAGAGAAGGAGCGUUUCGAAAUCGCUGAGAAAUCAACUGGAAAAUUCCUCUGCUAUGUUUGGUAA